ACAUUGUGCCCGCAGAGCUCUCUGGUCUCCGCGCACUUAUUAUAUCGUUAAUAUUGCCAUUUUGUUUCCACAGUCUUUUAAUUAUUUUUAUGCAAAACAAUUCUUUUGUUUUUUGUUUCGGAUCAUCGUUUAUUUGUGAUUUCCUUCCACCUCGUUCUUCCUGAGGGUUUGGCCUUGUCGGAGAACCGAUUCCUAUUUUUUCUUCCGUUAAAAACUAAUGAAAUCGUUUUCGAGCUCACUACUGCACCUCGGGGGUCAAUUAACGACUGGUUUAUUCCACUUCUAAUACUUUUAAAAGUAUUACGUACAUCUAAAACUGGUGUUCCUGAUCCAAAUAUGAUGUUCUAAAUGAUUUUGUAUUACAUUUAAUUAUAACGUAAUAAACUAAAAUUUGUUUUAAUUCUUUGUUCGUAUCUGUCACGAUCGAAGGUUAAGAUUUUCACUUCUUCCAAUAUUCAUUACGGAAGGACCUAACAACCGAUUAUUUUGAAUGCAGUCGUCUUGAAGAGUUAUAUCUCAAAAAUGAAAAAAUGUUCGAGAUCGACUCGAUGGACUCAACAAAUCUUCAUUACUGUCAAUUUGCUUUGGAUUUAUCAAUUGAGCUCUGUGGUCGGACACGGAAGACUUAUGGAGCCACCUGCAAGAAAUAGCAUGUGGCGGUUUGGAUAUCCUAAUCCGGUGGACUACAAUGAUAACGAACUGUUUUGUGGUGGCUAUUCUGUUCAAUGGAGCGUUAACGACGGGAAAUGUGGAGUGUGCGGGGACGCGUACGAUCAAGCUCAGCCUAGACGACAUGAAGCGGGGGGUGAAUACGGUCGAGGGAUAAUCAGCAGGCAUUAUUUUGCAGGUCAGACAAUUGAUGUUGAGAUCGAACUAACUGCCAACCACAAAGGAAGAUUCGAAAUGUAUCUCUGUCCAAACAAUAAUCCUAGAUACGAAGCGACCGAACCGUGUUUAGAAAGGUAUCCGCUGUACAUAUCUGGCACUCGACAGGUUCGUUAUCUCAUUCCGGAGAAUUCAAAGAAGAAAGACAUAUUCAAGUACAAAGUAAGGUUACCGCCUUAUCUCACGUGUACUCAAUGUGUUCUUCAAUGGACUUAUUAUACCGGCAACAUGUGGGGCAAAUGCGACAACGGGACGGAAGGACUGGGCUGCGGGCGACCGGAGACGUUCCGGAACUGUGCCGACGUGAAAAUAGUGACCAGCACGUCGGGCCUGCCGCCGCAGUUCAUACACAACCGACCGCAGCAGCACCACUACAGUUCGGCUCUCCGGGGCAGCGACCUGAGUAUAGCGCCACAGGUUUACUACCCACUUGUGGUCAAAGCCCAAGUGUGUGUGGCGACGCAGAAGUAUCGUAUCGUUCCCGGAAUGGAUAAAUGGUGUGAAAACAAUUGUGUAAACUUUCCAUCAAACUGCCCUGAAGAAUUCUGUACUUGCCCAGAACAAUGUACCGGUAUUGGUGAAAUAACAGGAUUACCGGGAGCCGACGAAUACUGCCAGGACCAAUGCAUUGUAUAUGGCGCGAAAUGUCCGAAGAAACGGUGUGUCUGCUAUUGACCUGAUUUGACUUUGAUUUUUAUUUUCUGUACAGUUCUUGAACAAUAUAUAUAUAUUUAAGCAAUCAGAUACUUUGCUCUAUUUGCCAAUAUAAAAAAC